AUGUCCACAGGCCAGCACCCCUUUGGGGACAAGGCCAAGGAGCAGGAGCUGCUGGAGCAGCAGAAACGGCGGAACAGGAAGCGCCGGAACCGUAAGAAGAAGAAGCGGGGGCGGGGCGUGGCCAAGGAGGGCGUGGCCCGGGAGGGGCCGGCGGCCCCGCCCCCCGCGCGCGCGGAGCCCGAAGGGGGCGGGGCCGCGCCCGAGGUGGAGAUCGAGUACGUGACGGAGGAGCCCGAGAUCUACGACCCCAACUUCGUCUUCUUCAAGAGGAUCUUCGAGGCCUUCAAGCUCACGGACGAGGUGAAGAAGGACAAGGAGAAGGAGCCGGAGCGCGCGGAGCGAGCCGAGAGCGCGGGGGCGCCGCGGAAAAAGGGACCCGAGGAUGGCACCAGGGGCAGCGAGGGGGACAGCUCUGAGGAUGAGCAGGAGAAGAAGCAGGAGGUCCCCAAGCUGUCCAAGAAGAAGCUGCGGCGCAUGAACAGGUUCACGGUGGCUGAGCUGAAGCAGCUGGUGGCGCGCCCUGACGUGGUGGAGAUGCACGAUGUCACCGCGCAGGACCCCAAGCUGCUGGUGCACCUCAAGGCCACGCGGAACUCGGUGCCGGUGCCGCGGCACUGGUGCUUCAAGAGGAAAUACCUGCAGGGCAAGAGGGGCAUCGAGAAGCCGCCCUUCGAGCUGCCCGAGUUCAUCAAACGCACCGGCAUCCAGGAGAUGAGGGAGGCCCUGCAGGAGAAGGAGGAGCAGAAGACCAUGAAGUCCAAAAUGAGGGAGAAGGUUCGGCCCAAGAUGGGCAAGAUCGACAUCGACUAUCAGAAGCUGCACGACGCCUUCUUCAAGUGGCAAACCAAGCCCAAGCUGACCAUCCAUGGGGACCUCUACUACGAGGGGAAGGAGUUUGAGACGCGGCUCAAGGAGAAGAAGCCGGGGGAUCUGUCGGACGAGCUGAGGAUCGCGCUGGGCAUGCCCGUGGGGCCGGUAUGGGGUCCCAAAUUACCCAGAAUCCAUCCCAAAAUAACCCAAAAUCCAUCCUAAAUCCAUCCUAAAUCC